GCAAGUGGGUGUUUUUGAUAGAGAUGUGAAGCCGCUUGUAUCCGGCUUUUAUCUCGUGUUGAAAACAAUUUAAUACUAACUGAUAGCAAAGAUUAUAGUAAUAAAACACGUGUUACACUUAUCUCGCUUCAUCUCACGCCAUAAUAAAGAUCUUAAAACGAUCAAAUUAAAUUCUUGCAUUUUUACGGAUUUACAAUUUGCCACAGUUGGAUUUGUUAGACGUAAUUAAAUUUCUUUAGAAUCCAAGUACGUUUUUUCAUAGUGUUUAAAAAAUGAGUGUUGAGAAGAAUCCAGUGGAUGUGCAAACCAAACACAUUGAUUACGAUCCAUUUGAACAUCGGGAAAUUAAAAAGCCUAAUUCAGACAUCAGAUCUUUAGCAAACUUAGUGAAAGCAUCUUUAGGGUCAGGCAUCCUCGCCAUCCCACUGGCUUUCUCCAACUCAGGAUGGGGCGUCGGAAUCAUCGGUACCAUCGUCAUCGGCUUCAUAUGUACCCACUGCGUUCAUAUAUUUGUGGACGUUUCGCGAGACGUUUGUCGCUUAGAAAGAAAACCUUUACUGAACUACGCUGAUACUUGUCAAGCUGCCUUUGCCAAUGGGCCAAAAAGAGUUAGACCUUUCGCCAACGCUGCCAGGAUAUUUGCAAUAUUCUCCCUGCUGUUCACUUACAUUGGCGUGUGCUGUAUCUUCACAGUGCUUAUAGCAGAUUCCUUAAAACAGCUGUUAGACCGCUACAUUCCUGACGCAAUCCUCCCAGUUGAGUACUACUGCUUGAUCUUCCUCGUGCCUUUGUGCGUCAUCACUCAGAUCAGGCACCUGAAAUGGCUGGCUCCCUUCUCCCUGCUUGCCAACGUGCUGCUUAUUUCUACCUUCGCGAUAUGCCUGUACUACAUCUUCGGAGACGAGAUCAGAUACGACGAUAAGAGAAUCGUUGGAGACGCGGCUAGAUUCCCUGCAUUUUUAUCCACAGUGAUCUUCGCGAUGGAGGGCAUCGGCGUGGUGAUGCCGGUGGAGAACGCGAUGAAGAAGCCGCAGCACUUCCUCGGCUGCCCCAGUGUGCUCGCCAUCGCCAUGACCCUCAUCACCGUCCUCUACACAAUCCUCGGGCUCUUCGGGUACUUCAGAUACGGCGACGUGCUUCGAGGCUCCAUUACUUUGAACCUACCCAUGGAUGACUGGCCCGCAAUCUGUGCAAAGUGCUUCAUAACAUUGUCAAUAUUCUUCACAUAUCCACUUCACUUCUUCGUGGUGAUCGACAUAGUGACUCGGUUCCUUGAGCCUCGUAUACCCAAGAGAUACGAGAACCUUACCCAAAUCGGAACUAGAAUGGCAAUUGUCAUAUUUUGCGGUGGAAUUGCCGUCGCGCUGCCGAUGCUGGAACAGAUCAUCAACAUAGUGGGGUCCUUGUUCUACUCUAUCCUGGGCCUGAUCAUCCCUGGAGUGAUAGAGACCGUCUUCAGAUGGGAGAACCUCGGCAGAUACAACUGGAUACUGUGGAAGAACGUCCUGAUUGUCCUCUUUGGACUCGGAUGUCUGCUAUCUGGCUGCAUGGUCACGAUACAAGAUAUUAUAGAGCUUAUGAAUAGGAAAACUGAAUAAUAAUAAAUAAAAUUAUUGAAUGUUG